AUGAAGUCAUCAAAACUCUCAGCUCUCUCUCUCUGUCUCUUCCUCAUCUGCAUUAUCAAUUCUCCCCAAUAUUCUUUCUCAUGCGGCUCCUGCUCCCACCGGAAGGGCGGAAAACCCGCAAUAAAACCCCCUGUCACCGUCCCUAAGCUUCCAGUUCCUCCGGUGACCGUACCUAAGCUUCCAGUUCCUCCGGUGACGGUACCUAAGCUACCAGUUCCUCCAGUGACCGUACCUAAGCUUCCAGUUCCUCCGGUGACCGUACCUAAGCUACCAGUUCCUCCGGUAACCGUACCUAAGCUUCCAGUUCCUCCAGUCACUGAUCCUAAGCUACCAGUUCCUCCGGUGACCGUACCUAAGCUUCCAGUUCCUCCGGUGACUGAUCCUAAGCUACCAGUUCCUCCAGUUACCGUGCCAAAUCUACCCGUUCCUCCUGUGACCGUCCCAGAGCUACCACUUCCUCCAGUGGGCGGGCUACCGAUACCGCCGGGGGUUGGGCCGACAUUGCCACUGCCACCAUUGCCAAUUGUGGGUCCUCUUGUUCCACCGGGGACAAACCCACCUGUCGAAGGAGGGAAAGAUUGUCCCCCACCCCCUGGAAGCGAGAAACCACCAUCAGGUGGGAAGGCGACAUGUCCAAUAGACACGCUGAAGUUGGGGGCCUGCGUAGACUUGUUGGGAGGUUUAGUAAAGAUAGAGCUUGGUGACCCAGCAGUUAACAAAUGCUGUCCGUUACUUAAAGGCAUUGUUGAUGUUGAAGCGGCUGCUUGUCUCUGCACUACACUCAAGCUUAAAGCUCUUAACCUUAAGCUUUACGUUCCCGUUGCUCUUCAGCUUCUUCUUACCUGUGGCAAAAAUCCACCUCCGGGCUACACUUGUUCCAUCUGA